GCACACAUCCCCUAUUGAAAUAGAGCAGGAAUACAAGAAGAUUGCAAAUUUAUAUCAUCCAGACAAGCAGAAGGCAGAUGUGCCAGCAGGAGAAGUGGAGGAGCGUGUGCGGAGGUUCAUCGAAGUCGAUCAAGCGUGGAAAAUUCUAGGGAACGAAGAGACAAAAAAAGAGUAUGACCUGCAGCAGCGUGAAAAUAAUCUGACAAAAGAAUGGCCACUACAUGCACAGAUUUCCCUUGAGGAUAUGUCCUGGAAUGAAGAUGAACAAUGUUACACUCUUUCAUGUCGAUGUGGUGGGAAUUACACUGUCUUCAGGAGUGAAACCAAAGACGUAUCUUUGGUUUGUUGUGACAUGUGUUCACUUGUAAUCGAGAUCCUUCAAUGA